UCGCUUUCUUUCAUACAUAUCUCAUAUCUCAACUGCCGUUGGAAACCUGUUGCACCCAACCAAUCCAAUUGCAGCUGCAGCUUCGCCUCCAACAUUCGAUACACACACACUCUUACUACCCUUGACCCAAUUAUCCGGAACAUUCGCCAAGUACAUAACGAUGGGAGGAAUUGGCACUGAUCAGCAGACUCUUGCCUAUAUUAAAGAAUUAUCGAAACCGCCGCCUCCGGGCUCACCUUACGCUUUACCUAUCCCCGGUACGGAACGUGAGGGAAGAACUCCUAUUUAUAGGCAUUUUAAAUUCACCGACAAGCCUCUACUCGAAACUUACAAUCCCGAGCUUCGCACAUUUUACGAUCUGUUCCAGGAUGCUGUAAAGCGAUUUCCCGACAACAAAUGCCUUGGUACGCGACCCUGGAACCCGGCUACUAAGUCCUGGGAGAAUCACUUUGUCUGGCAGACGUACACCGAAGUUGCCGCACGAAGCAAAAACUUGGGUUCCGGUAUAUACGAGCUACAUCGUCGCAUUGGAGUUCCUCCCAGCGGCAGCCAUGGCGUUGGUAUUUGGAGUCAGAAUAGAGCCGAAUGGCAGAUUACAGAUCUUGGAUUGACUUCGCAAUCGCUCUUCUCCGUCUCGCUUUACGAAACCCUAGGUCCCGAUGCUUCCGAAUACAUUAUCAAACAUUCCGAACUCUCAUGCGUAAUUUCUUCACUACCUCAUAUCCCAACCCUUCUCGCCCUUGCGCCUCGAAUACCUCACCUGAAAUUAAUUAUUUCUAUGGACCCUCUAGACUCUGGCGAGCCAGAGGGAUACUCCAAAUUGGCGAUGCUGAAUGGUAUCGCUGCUCAGCACGGCGUUCAGAUAUGGUCUCUACAGGAUGUCGAGGAACUCGGAGCGAAGGUUGCCCACCCCCCGCGACCUCCUCGUCCGGAAGACAUCCUCACUAUCAACUAUACGUCCGGCACUACCGGCGAUCCCAAAGGCGUGAUGCUUACUCACUCCAACUGCGUUGCAGCUGUUGCAAGUGCUCGCUCCAGCGGGUCUUACUCCGAAAGAGAUGUCACAUUCUCGUACCUACCCCUUGCUCACAUCUACGGGCGAAUGAUUGACCAAUGUGCCGUGACUACGGGUUGCGCCGUUGGAUAUUUCCAUGGAGAUAUGCUGGGUGUUGUUGACGACAUGAAGCUCCUAAGACCUACCGGGUUUGUCUCGGUACCUCGUCUGUUCAACCGCAUCGCCAUGGCUAUCCGAUCCCAGAGCGUCGAAGCGGAUGGUGUGAAGGGUGCUCUAUCGCGGAGAGCGAUAGAUGCGAAGAAGGCCAGCAUGAAACUGCCACCUGGCCAGGCGCACAACAAGCAUUUCCUCUACGACAGGAUAUGGACACCUAAGGUACGAGCCGCCGUUGGCUUGGAUCGGUGUCGUUCUAUGGUGAGCGGAAGUGCGCAGCUCGAUCCUAACGUUCACGAGUUCCUUCGGGCAGCCCUGGGAAAUUAUUUCUGCCAAGGUUAUGGUCUUACGGAAUCAUACGCCGCGGCAUCUUUCCAGCUCGAUGGCGACUUUUCGGUUGGUAACGUGGGUGGCCCUAUGCCCGGCAUAGAAGUAUGUCUAGAAUCCCAACCGGAUCUCGAAUAUCUGGUUACAGACAAGCCCAGGCCACGGGGUGAGCUGUUAUUGCGAGGACCAUACAUUUUCAGUGGAUACCUGAAGAACGAGGAAGAGACCAAGAAAGCCUUGGAGCCUGACGGAUGGUUCCACACGGGUGAUAUCGCCGAGAUCGACGAAGUAGGUCGAAUCAAGAUCAUCGACCGUAAGAAGAACGUCCUCAAACUGUCUCAAGGAGAAUACAUCUCUCCCGAGCGAAUCGAGAAUGUGUUCAUGGGUAGCUCGCCUUUGAUUGCCACCGCCUUUGUCCACGGUGAACCUAGCCAAUCAACGCUAGUUGGUAUUUUCGGCAUAGAUCCGGCUACGUUCGGACCAUUCGCUGGCAAGGUACUGAAGAAGACUAUAGAGGCCGGGGACAUCGACAGCAUUAAGGCUGUCGCUAAAGAUCCUCGAGUGGUGAAGGCGUUUGUUAAGCAUCUGGAGGAGAUUGCCAAGAAGUAUAAGUUCAACGGCUACGAGCGUGUACGCAACUGUCUUCUAGCAGUCGAGCCCUUUACCGUGGAGAACGAGCUCCUAACACCAACUCUGAAGCUCAAGAGACCGCAGACGGUAAGGAAGUUCCGGGCUGAUAUCGAUCGGAUGUAUGAUGAAAUCAACUCAGAGACCGCAAACGUCAAAGCAAGACUAUAAUUCGGUAAUCGAGUUUGUAUAGGGUACAAGCUGUAUAUUCUGGUUCACUUU